AUGGCGACAAAUUCUGCGGAAGUAAUCCGCAUUGAAAUUGAGGAUCACAAGAAUAAUUUGACGGCCUUACAGACGGCGAUCGCCCCGGCUUGGGUUUCUUCUCAGAACAUCCGAAGCACAUCGGACAUUCUAUGGAGUUGUAUUGUGACUCUUACAGCUUGCAUUUAUACAGCUCUCCAUUUGAAUAUUAAAGUAGAAACUAACCGCGGGCAACGUAUAAUUCUUAAAGUCAAAUGGGUCAUGCUUGCGCUCAUUGCCCCAGAAGUUGUCAUAUGCAUGGCAUUUUCCCAAUAUCUCGAGGCACGAUGGCUUGUCAGAGAGCUAAACGAGUCUAAGAGUAAAAAGAGGAGCUAUGGUGAAGACGAGGAUGACACAAAAUUCGAUAUGUAUUAUGCGUUUUUUGUCGUUAUGGGAGGUUUGAGAGUUUCAUACGAAGAUAUUGAAGAGGAUGGCCCAUGGGUUGAUACACCUUAUGCGUCCAACUAUAUCAGAAUCUUAUCAGUCGAAGCUGUGGCUGCUCUUGCUAGGGAAGGCGUCUUCAUCGACAUAGCUCGCAAAGAUAUCGAAGAUAGAAGCAAAGCUGACGCCAUACAGAAGGCCUUAGUUCUUCUACAAGUUACAUGGAUGGUUACGCAGUGUAUUGCUAGAAAACUAUAUGGUCUCCCUCUAGCACUAUUGGAAGUUCAUACUAUGAUACACGUUGUCUGCGCAUUGAUAUUGUAUAUUUGUUGGUUUGAGAAACCACUAGAAGUGCAAACCCCCGAGUUCUUAGACCUCUCUAAGAACGAUAGUCUCCGUAACUUUCUAAGCCUUCUCCUGUUUGAAUACGAUUUCCCGACCAUGUCCGAAGAGACUAAGCCCAAACUAUUAACACCCCAUCAAGCACCAACAGAUAAGCAUAUUUCUAUCGCCUCUCUAGAUGAAGCUUUUCGUAGCCACUCAUCAAUAGAUAUACCUGAUGGAUAUAUUCUUCCGAUCGUCCCUCUACGAGAAGAAGCUCUUCCAGUACAAUUACAGCCAGCUGAGGUCGUAUCUUGCGGGAUCUGUUUCUACCAAACUCGCCAAUUGUAUCGCGGGGAGUACUUGAUGCUUCAGAGGGUCGUAGCUGCGAUAAAUGAAAUUCGUGGACCCAUAUCAGCCGACGAAUCAUUUCCUUUAGGGCUGUUAAUCAAAUCGAACGACGAUUUCGAUCCAAAGGAAGAGACGGCGAGUAACCCGGUAUUUCAAGAGCAAAGAGAUAUGUCCACUGACGGCUUUGUUUAUUUUCUUCGGCGCGAUGUCUCAAAAGCGCUCCGUGUCAGCUCGUUCACAUGGCUUAUGCGCUCAUUGGGCCUCCUAUUCCCCCUAUUAUAUGGUGGGAUCCAUUUAACGGCAUGGAACUACCGCUUCCCUUCCAAUCCUGAGCGAUUGGUAUGGAUGAUCUCCUGCUUCAUAAUCGCUGGGACGUAUCCGUUUAUGGAGCUCAUCUACCACGUUAUUGCUGGGUUUGACAAGAUCGCGACGAAAUCACGUGGAGAAGAAUAUUCGUUUAAUGAGCUAGAUAAUGUGACUUUCGUACUGAUUCUUACGGCUUCUUCGAUCUGUGCCCUUGCUGCACGAGCGUAUAUUGUUAUCGAAGCCUUCAUUAGCUUACGAAAUGUACCAAUCGGAGUCUACUGGUCUCCUGGGUGGGUUCAGAUGAUACCCCAUGUAUAG